GAACGAAAUAUCAAACAUGGAGGACAAAGAGAAAAAGAGACUCGAGCAGCUUGAAAAGAAAAAAGAACUUGCAAAGAUGGCAGAUGAGGAGCUGGAAAGUCUCAAGUCUGGGAAACCUAAACAAACAAAGCUAACAAGAGCUCAGAUAGAGGCUGAACAAGAACGACAGAGACAAGCUGCUGCUGCUGCUGCUAAAGAGAAGGAACGUGUGCACCAUGAAGUUCCCCUGGAAACAAACAUCAACAGGCUGGAGGAUGAUGCCGAGGCAGCCAGGACAGUGGAAGAUGCCAUCUCAGUACUCAGUGUCAAGGAGCCAGAUUUGGAGAAGCAUCCUGAGAAGAGGAUGAAAGCAGCCUUUAUAAAGUAUGAGGAGGACAAUUUACCGAGGUUAAAACAAGAGAAUCCCAAUAUGAGACUAUCUCAGUUGAAACAAAUUUUGAAAAAAGACUGGAUGAAAGCUCCUGAAAACCCUAUGAAUCAACUGACAGCUGCUUACAAUGAAAAACGUUAGCUGGCGUUGUUGUUUGAUGGUGUAGAGACGGAAUGAAAGUAUUUAUUUGAAAGAUUUGUUGCCAGGUUACAUAGUGGUUAUAAGUUCAGAACCAGCGUUUAUUUUUGUUAAAAAUAGUUCUGAAUGGAAGUCGCACAAAAAGAAUGGGUAAUAUAUCCUAAUAUAGUAGUUCAGCUUUAUGUUUUGGGUUGUCUUAAAAUAACUAAAAUAGUUUUAUUUCAAAUACAAUGUUUGUACACUAUUCUUUUAUACAAGUAUUAAUGUCUAAUAAGCAUAAAUCUAUUGCCAGUUACAGGUACAAUUAAGUUUGAAAAAUCAUUUAUUGUCCCCUACUGGUUUCACCAGAGGGGACUUAUGGUUUGUGCUCUGUGUGUCUGUCAGUCUGUCUGUCAGUCCGUCAGUCUGUCACACUUUUCUGGAUCCUGCAAUAACUUUAAAAGUUCUUCAUAGUUUUUCAUGAAACUUAAAAGAUGGAUAGAUGGCAAUAUGGACAUUAUGCACGUAAUUUCAUUUUGUUCCUAUGUUAAAAAUUCUGGUUGCUAUGGCAACAACAAAAAAAUCUGAUAAUGGUGGAGCCGGUAGGGGACAUAUAUUGCUUGGCAAUAGUCUUGUUAAUACAAAGUUUGGGCUGGUUAUACAGAUAAGUGUCAUCAAUUAGCUUUCAAUGCCUAUUUGUAUUUUGUUAUACAAUUAUUUUUUGGAAUUUCAAAGCUAGUGUAAUAAAUGGUACAUUGAU